AUGGACCGAUCCAAUCCCUCGUCCGCCGACCCGUCGCGGAGCGGGACCCCCAACACCUUCGUCAACCCGCGCUUCACCUCGCAAGCCUCGACCGCAGAAGACCUGCUGAAAUCGCAAACCGUCGGUCUCGUCCAGCUCUCCGACUUCCGCAAGCGCCGCGCCGAAGCACUCGAGCUCAAGGACCGAGAGCGCCAAGACCAACUCCGGGGCAAGGAGGGAACACCGGGGACGUCAGGCGCGGCGACGCCAUCGGAAGAGUCGACCCCGCGGCCGCCAAAGAAAAAGAAGAAGAAGACAGUCGCGAAGGGCAAGCUUUCGUUUGGGCUAGAUGAUGAGGAAGAGGGAGGGGAAUCAGGGACGGGCACUUCCGCGGCCGUGACGCCGCGGAGCAUGUCGAACAUGCCAGCGGACGAGAGAGCGCCCACCGCCACAGAGGAGGAGAAAGGACCCGCGGUGCCGAAGAGGCGGCUUGGGCCUAAUACGAAUGUCGCGGUUCAGCCGAAGGUGAUGACCAAGUCGGCAAUGGUGCUGGAAGACCAAAGGCGGGAACAGGCGCGGAAGGAAUUUCUGGAGAAGCAAGAACUUGCCAAAGCGACAGAGUUUGCGCUCCCAUUCGUCUUCUACGACGGCACCAACAUCCCGGGCGGCAAGUGCCGGGUCAAGAAGGGCGACUACGUAUGGUUGUUCCUAGACAAGGCGCGGAAGGUGGGCGCGGAGCUGGGCGUGGGCGGCGACAAGAGCCGGAGAGAGUGGGCGCGUGUCAGCGUCGACGACUUGAUGCUCGUGCGCGGCGAGAUCAUCAUUCCCCAUCAUUACGAGUUUUACUACUUCAUGAUGAACAAGACGGUCGGGUUCGGUGGGCGGAUUUUUGAGCAUUCGGAUCAGCCGACCAAGGCGACACCACUGCCGCAAUCGGAGGAAGAUGUUGACCUGGCUACCUAUGACCCGCUGGCCCGUCCGGAUCCGAAGAAGGAGAAAAGCGCGGCGGUAGACGAAUCGCUGUUAGAGGGUCUGGAUGAGGAUGCCACAAUGACGAAGGUCGUGGACCGCAGGUGGUACGAACGGAACAAGCACAUCUUCCCAGCCAGUGUGUGGGAGGAAUUCGACCCGAAGAAGGAUUACACAAAGGGCAAUCGGAAGGAUACAGAGGGGAACUCGUUCUUCUUCUCAUGA